UAUUAUUUGUUGUGUGUGUUUAGUUGUCAUACGUCCGACAGUCCGCGUAGUUGCCAUGUGUCCGACAGUCCACGUAACACUUCAGUGCUGAUGUUGCCGUACCCUCACCAAUCUUCGCUACUCUGAAUCUCACUCAGUAGCCUUCAUCUCUCCAAAGCCUCGACCACAGCUACAAGCAAGAUAAUUUUUGUACUGCUGCUGAGGUGCUGCUGCCGUAGCUCCGGGGCGCGAUGCUGGUGGAGGUGGUGUUGCUGGGGGUGUUGCUGCUGCUGCUGUGGAAGACCCUGAAGAAACCCUCCGAGUACCCUCCUGGUAGGUGGGGGCUGCCGCUCGUGGGUUAUGUGCCGCUUCCUGGACCCACCUUCAAGGACCACCUGAGAAGCCUAAACAAGAAGCACGGCGACAUAUACCUGUGGAGGAUAGGCACGCAGCUCAUGGUGUUCCUGCAGGACUUUCGGCUAUUGCGCGAAGCCUUCAACAGACCAGAGUUCACCGACAGACCCAGAUGGCAACUCUUCGUGUUUAAUGAAGAAAAGGCUUUAGGCGUCGUUUCAAGCAAUGGCGACACCUGGGUGAACAACCGCCGCUUCUCGCUGCGGCAGCUGCGGGACUUGGGAAUGGGAAAAUCCAGGCUGGUGGACGCCGUGCAGCGGCAGGCAAUGUGGCUGGUGGAGGUCUUCAAGAAACAGGCGGGCAAGGCGGCGCCCGUCCCUUACGCCCUUAGGGUGGCCAUCGUCAACGUCAUUUGGCAGCUGGUGGCCGGAAAGCAGUUUGACAUCGAAGACCCAAUGAUGCAGGAGUUCGAAAAACUCAUGGAAGAAAUGUUGAGCUACCAGGACCGAGCGUCUUUCCAGAAUUUCCUGCCUUGGCUGCGUUACCUCAUGCCUUCCUCCGUGUUCAAGCGACUCAUCAAAUACAACACCAUGAGCCGCACUAAGGACAAAUUCCUCGCGUACUUCUUUGAGGUGAUCGAGGAGUGCCAAGCCACCCUGAACCCCGGCGAGCCCAGGGACCUGAUCGACGGCUACCUGAUGGAGAUGGAGCAAAAGAAGAACGACCCGGACACCACCCGCAGCAAACGAGAUCUAGCCCAUCUGGUGCUGGACUUGUUCAUUGCCGGAAACGAAACCACCACCUCCACUCUCACCUGGCUAUUUUACUACCUGGCCAAUCACCCUCGCGUCCAACAUAAGCUACAGGCGGAGAUCGACUCUGUGCUCACCGACGGACGCCUCGCCACGCUGGAAGACAAGCCAAGACUGCCCUACACCGAGGCUGUCAUCCAUGAGGUCCUUCGCAUGUCGUCCCUCCUCUUCCUCAGUUUGCCCCAUAUGGCCAGCAGGGACACGACCCUCGGCGGCUACACCAUCCCCAAGGGAGCGGUGGUUAGUGGCACCGCUUUUUCCAUUCACCGAGACCCCCGCUACUGGGACAGCCCCGACGAGUUCCUCCCCGAGCGAUGGCUGGACAGCGAGGGCAAGUUCGUCACCAAGAAGGAAGGAUUUCUACCUUUUGGUGUCGGCAAGCGGCAGUGCCUCGGUGAGAGUCUGGCCCGCAUGGAAAUACUCGUCAUCACCACCACCGUCCUCCAGCGGGUGUGCCUCUCCGUUCCUCCUGGCAGGACCGUCAGCCUCAAGCCGGACCCUAGAGUUAGGUUCCUUCAAACACCAGUCGCCCAGGACCUCUUCGUCUCCGUUAGGGGGUAGCGAUAGCAGACCGACUAAUAUUUCUGGUUUUAUUGGCACUGUAGACAAAGGACAAAUAUUCGCAACCAUCCCCUGUUAAAUCUCCCUAUUCUUGCCGUAUUAUUGUAAAACAAAAUGUCGUUUGCUUUGAAAAAUAAUCCGAGUUCAAUGGUAUUACAAGGUCCCGGAGGUCAGUCCAGUCCACUGUGUAAUGGCAGUUUUAUGAUACUGUUAACUGAGAUGUAAGGCAAGUCAAUUAAGAACAUUGUGGUUGCAGCCGUUAUAUUUGAUUCAACCUGUAACAUUAUGAGAACUAUAAGGAUGCAGUAUCAUACAUGGUGGCCACAAUGAAGACCAUUACAGUGUGGACUACGACGAGGACCCACCAAGGUAGAAUGCUCGAUGCUCGGCCACUUAAGCCCCAAAUACACUGCCGAAUUUUGGUUCACGAAUGUGCGCGAAUAUGCAAGUCAUCCUGUGUCGUGUACAAGUUCGGCAUCUUUCUUGCCUGUUCUUGGCCGUUCGGGGACAUGUCUGCGUCCACCGCGCGACUUUUGACAGUUGGUCACGACCGCCACGAAAGUUUCAUGUUGCAUGCAAAAUUCGCGGCCGUUCGCCGAAUGUGCAUGAAUGCAAAAUGGACUCCGAAAUGUCGCCGACAUGUCCCAGACAACUCGGCGUCCAAUUCGCGGUGUUCGGCGAAUUGUCGCCGAAUUUUGACCGUUAAAAUUUUAAUUUUGUUGGCGAAUUUGUCGCCGACAUGUCGCCGACUAUUUACAUAGAUUUACAUAGAAAAUCAGACCACACAGACCCCAUGGUCCAGACUAGGUGGUCUGUCCUUAAACCUAAGUGAUUUUACAGUAAUCAGAAGGCUCCAAAACGUUGCAUUUCUACGUUAGUUGAUGUUAAGUUGAAGGAAGUGACGGUCGAGCUUAUUUUUGAAGGAGUCAAUCGUGUUACACUGGACCACUGAUGGUGGAAGCUUAUUCCAUUCUCGCACUACAACGUUGGUGAAGAAAAAUUUGGUGCAGUCUGAAUUUACUUGUGUACAUCUGAGUUUUACGCCACUGUUCCUCGUGCGCAGAGUGUCAUCGAUCAUAAACAAUGCUGAUCUGUCUACAUUCGUGAAACCAUUAAGUAUUUUAAAACAUUCGAUCAGUUUUCCUCGGAGGCGACGUUUCUCAAGAGAGAACAUGUUAAGGGUAGAAAGCCUUUCUUCGUAGGAUUUGUUGCGCAAGGAAGGGAUCAUUUUCGUUGCCCGACGCUGAACACCUUCUAAUUUAGUAAUAUCCUUUGCAUGGUGGGGAGACCAAAACUGUACCGCAUAUUCCAAGUGGGGUCUGACUAAACUAUUGUAGAGCGGAAGUAUUACAUCUUUCUUCUUGAAUAAAAAGUUUCUUUUAAUGAA